AUGCCUUACACACCCCCAGCUCGCUCUCCUGCUUCCUCAGCUCCCGCGUCGCCCGACGUCAGCCGUCGAUCGUCCAUCCAGCAUGGCACGCCAUCGUUGAACAGCUCGCCCACCGUGGCAUCUCGCCCAGCGCUGCCACGCUCGGCUUCCUAUCUGACCAAGCAUAGACGGACGCCCUCGGCUUCUUCUGUAACCACGCCGUCGUACGAGCUGACUCCCCCUGGAACUUCCGACAACCUGAAAGGCAUGGUUGCAAAUCACAACAAUACCGCUGUCAGACAAUCGCCCCCUCCCAUUGCAGACGCUCGGGCUAUGCCCCCUGGAGCCAUCAUCUCACCACCAGACUCCCAAACCUCUAGCGAAGAUGAGGGAACUGAGGCUACUGUGCCGAGAGGUAGGCAGAUAGAAAACUUGAAGGAGCUCCAGGACGCCAUUAGCGCCAUUCCUCAACACCGCCAAAGCUCACCUGAUAGGACCUCGAAAACCUCCCCUGGCGAUCUUCUCGUCCUGCCAGCACAGAUCGAGAACUUGGUGGAUGCUGUACAGAACAGCCUGAAGGUUGAUAUCACACAAAAUACGCAACGGAGAAUAUCUCACAAUCGCUCCAAGACGGAGCCCAACUUUAUCUUGUCCAAAUCAGCGGAUGCUUCUAUCUCGACGUCGGACGAGUCGGAAUCGGACGAUCUCCCCACCAAGCCACUUAUGGUCCGCAAAAAGUCUGGCGAGCUCGUGCGCCCUGCACUAAGACCUGCAGCCUCACGAAGGCCAUCAAGUAUGCCUGGCACACCUACUUUCUCGAAAGCCGUCCACUUUGAUUCUCAUUUGGAACAUGUGCGGCAUUUCCUCCAGGUUGAUCGUCCCCUGGCGGUCAGCGCUGGUACUUCCCCUGCCGACACCUAUGAGAGCGAUACGGAAUACCCGUUUGAUGACAAAUCCGCGUCUAAAACGCCACCGUUCGAAUGGGAGCUCGUCAUGAACAACUUCCCUGGAGAUACGAUUGUGCGCAAGGCACUUCCGGCUCGCGUCGAACGUGUGUGGAUGUCUCCCGAUCAAAAGUCUCUGAUUGGUUCUAUCGCUGUAGCCAACUUGGCUUUCCAGAAGCAGGUUGUGUGCAGAUUUACCUUUGAUUACUGGAAGACCACAUCAGAAGUCGCCGCAGAGUAUGCGCACGAGAUCACCCCAAGGCAGUCAGCCAAUGGUCAGGACCAGUUUCAAUUCACCAUCAAGCUUUCGGACAUGGCAAACCUUGAGUCCAAGACAUUGUUCUUCUGCGUAAGAUACAAUGUGAACGGACUCGAGUACUGGGACAACAAUGACAACCUCAACUUCCAGGUCGACUUCCGCAAGAAGGCAUUGCCACAGAACGGCAAGGGCAACUUCAAGGGUGCAUCGUCGCGACCUGUCAACUCUCUGCCACGGAGUAGCAGACGGUCAAACGCAUCCACUGGCAAUCGACCCAAGUCAGUGCCUACAUUCGAUGACUUUGGCCACGAUGGAAAGUUCUUGAACUUUGACCAGCCAAUCCACGAGUACUUGGGAGAGUCUGAACCUACUAUGUUGCGUCUCAAGAGUUCCAAGUCUACUGGUGCUUUACCGAGCGACAACCUGGCCAACAGACUCUCUGCGCCCAGUGGUGUCGCCUUUGCGAACCGCUACGACUUUGGGGUGUCUCUCAACGCUGCUAAACAGGCCCACAAGGAGUCCCAAGGCAGCCCCCGCAGUGACGGCCUCUAUAUGAAGCCAAACAAGAAGGCUGCUUUCGCCACUCAGCCGACGCCUGUCAUCCAGAUGACUGAUGUUUCCACUGGCUCUCCUAUCCCCGGCAUCGCUUCAAAGGUUCCGGGCACAGAUUCACCCAGAAUCUCAUCGGCUUCGUACGAAGAAAUCGUCAACAAAUACUGCUUUUUCAAUGGCUCCAAGCAAACGAGUCCCCAGAUCAAGGAUGGAACACUACAAAAUGGCAAAUACGACGGUACUAGCGACGAAUUAUUCACUCGCACUACCAACAGCACCCUCUCGAGCUCGAACGGUAGUCCCGACAUGGCUGACAGAUCUCAACACGGAACUCUUCGCUAUGCCAUCCAUCAGAACCUGAAUCCGUAUUUUCAAAACCAGCACAUCGCUAUUGGUGCUUCGCCUGCAGAGUCUCCUUUGGAUGGUCCUUCCACAGCCAUGCAUCACUCUCUCAGCCCUUCGUCAUCCGCGACGGUGACGGCUGGAACUUCACCAGCACACAUGGCUGGUGGGUUUAGUCCUUUUGCUGGUACGUCGCCGAACUUUGCAGUCAAUACAUCUUCCUUCCACGUUCACGAUCGAUUCCCGUUUACGGCAGAAGCUCAUCCCUCGACAGCAAUUAGGAGUUGA